AUGCCAGACAGUGGCUCUAACCAAGCCAAGGAUGCAAAUACUCAGCCGGCAUUGACUCCAGAGGAGCUUGUCAUCCUGCAGUCCUAUGUCAAACAAUGGGAGUCUGCUGCAGGUGAGGACCGGAAUCAGGUAUGGAAGGAUGCGACACUAGAGGCUCGAUACAAGGCCCCUACGAAGGACAAACAGCUGCUCGAGAAACAAAAGAAGGUGUACCGAAAUUGGCUUCACAAUCAUGGCGGCAGGAAGCAGGACCACAAACCCCCCAUCAACAUGGGAAGGAGGUGGACUUAUCAUUGGGUCAUCGACACACUCCGGAAGCGGGAGCUGUUGAACAAGAUACAGGAUGACACAGGGGCCGUCAAGACAGCAGAAGAGUGGAACAGUCAGGGCGUUCCUCCCGAGGUGCAGAUAGACAUUGCCAAAAAGAAAAGCGAGAGCAUGGUCCACCACUUCACCAGCAAGAUGUACAAAUGGGCUGGAAUGAGGGUGUUUGUGCUGGCUGCAAGGAAGACAGAAGAGGGCAAGCUGUUGGUGACCGGCCAUGACUAUAACGAUGAGUUCGGUGGGGCGGAAAGUUUUACAAAGACCUGCGACUGGCAGGUCAUAUUGCCCGAGUGGGAGCCAUAUGUGACGAAAUUGUUUGAUGGUGAUGGUGAAGAUGAGUGCGUGGUGCAUAAGGCCGGGAGGAAGGACAACACAUACAUGCUGGACAUAGGAGACAGUGGUGUCCCCGUCCUCCCGAACUAUGACAAGAUGGACUCAGGAACCAGGAAGGCGGUGGUCCGAGCAUUUUUAAAUUGGCAUUACGCCGCAUGUUCUGGGAGGCCCAAAGACUCUGUGCCGUGGAAGGAACUAUCUUCCCGAAAAGAUGAAAUGCUACCAAGAAAGAUGAACUGGGAGGAAGCCACGGCCUUGCUCAAAUUCUGGUAUAACCGACAGGAGGCAUCAGAUCGUCAUAUUCUGAAAUUUAGCGGGUGGUGGUGCAAGGACCAAGUGAAAUCUCCUGUGAAACCUGUAGCAUCGGAUACUGAAGAGGAAUUGACCGUCAGGUCAUCUAAGGCGGAGAAAACCAAAAAGUCUUUGUCAAGGAAAACUUCUUGGGAGAAGAUGGCAACAGGCCGGGUGGAUGAUGAUUUCACUGGUAGCUCGGAUGAUGAAAGAGUUCCUGAGAAAGUACCACAAUGCCAGGUACAACUAAGAAAGACAAGGCAGGUGGUUGAAGAAUCAUGGGAAGAUUCGGAGGCAGACUCUAACGGUGACGAGCCUCGUACGUUUCUGGCCCAGCUCGAAGACUCGUCGGAAUAUUCACAAGUUGAAGAACCUGAAGAGAAUGUGAAACCUCCGGCAAAGAAACCAUGGGUGAAGCAGAAUCCUGGUUGCAAGAUUGGUCCUGCUUCUCGUACUGCUGAAAUACCGCGCCGAGAUCAGAUUCAACACCCUCGUGGUAAAGAGGGCACCUCGUCCAUCCUGCCGAACCCUGUUGAGUCUGCCUCAGCUCCAGCCCCAUCGGGCAAGAGGCCUGCUCCUGUGCCAACACUGAAUAAGCCAGGCCCAAAUAAAAAGAGAGCUAGAGCAGAUCCGGAUGAAAUGAAUGUAGCAGAUGCAUCUCCUGCGAAACACACCAGGAGUCAGACAAAGAAACCGGCACCAGCCAAACGAAUGCGCAAAGCAACACGACGAUGA